GACGAAACUACCCUCAGUCUGAAAGACACCGCGGAGCUUUGCGGACGCGCGCGCGCUCCCCGCCUCCCCUUUCUCGUGUGUGUAUGUGUGCCGUGUGCGCGCGCGUGCGUGCGUGUGGUGCGUGCGUAAAAGGCUCUCGCUACAAGGGAAGAAAACGAAAGGAAGAAAGGGAAAUGAAAAAAGAGAGAUAGGAUUGUUACUGAGAAUAAGACAUCUGAUGACAUUGCGUAGAUCUAACGCGUAUAUUUUUAUUCGCGAGGAAAUCUAACGAGAAAAAUUUUUAUCUUCGUGGAAAACAAUAUUGGGCGAUUAGAAAGGAGAACAAAGAGAAUAGAUACGACGUUUAUCGUGGCCUCUACAUUGAGACAGAAAGAAAUAGAAAAGGAGAGAGAGAGAGAGAGAGAGAGAGAGUGUGUGAGAGAGAGAGAGGGCAAAAAGAGGGUCAGAGUCAGCGAUCUCUUUUGAUCAUUUGCCAGGAACUCUUCCGAGUGACAUAACGCGCGAGCAUAGCAAAGGAAUCACACGUUCGUACUCGAAACUUCUUCGAUAAUUUCUUUAUAAACGAGAGAGAGAGAGAGAGGGGAGAGAGAGAGAGAGAGAGAGAGAGAGAAAGAGAGAGAGAGAGAGAGAGAGAGAGAGAUAAAUAGGAAUACAUAGAAUAAUACGAAGAAUGAACGGUGAAAUAAGAAAGAAGGACAAAUUAUAUCGGUGAGAUUCUUUUUUCUCACUACGUCGUCAUUUUUCUUUUCUUCCUUUUUAAAAAUUUUUUAGUUAAUCCUCCAAACACCUGUCUCUCUUCUGCUCUUUGUUGUCCAAUGAACAACUAUCAUUACCAGGAUCGAACGUGUCUACACGCGAUCGCGUAACCGCGUGGAAUUGGCUAUUAAAUUCGCGCGAUUGAAUCGAGCGUGACGAUUGGUUGUUAUUCGUUAAUCGUCGUCAUUAUCAUUGGUGCGUUUUCUCUUCCGACUAAGUAUUAAUCACUUUUGACGUGAUCGUAUGUAGUACGCAGUAUAAGAAGAAAAAUAAAAAGAAGUAAGAAGAAUUUCUUCAUCGAUUUUUCUUAUUGAAACGAUCAAUUUCGUCGAAAUCAAAAAGAAGAUCGACAAUCUUUUUAUCAUCGAACGGAUGGACUUGGAAAAAUCGAAGAAGAACGGAGGACGACGUGAACAAUGACGAAUUUGCUAGAUAUCGACGAGAAAUCUAUUGGAGCAAGAAGUACGUAUGUAGAUUGUUGCGAUAACUUUAACCUCGUUUGACCCGGAAACAAGGCUCACAGAAUGAGAGAGCUCUUCUGUUUCCUGUUUGACGUCAUAGAGGAAGUACGUUCCUGCGUAUAACAGGAUGGAGCACCGACCGAAAUCAUUUACAAUCCUCUCUUUUAAUUCAACGCCAUUCUCAGACAUAGACACACAAGUACAUACUAUAGACAUACAUACUAUAGACAUAAUGUAAUAAUGACGAUUAGUGCUCGUCGAUGCUGAAGUAGCUAUGAAGUACUGAAGUAGAGUCUUCUACUCGAGCUAGCGGAUGAAGAGAGUCGCGAAGUGAAGAUGAGAGUUCGUAAAAGUUGAAGGAGGAAGGAAAACCUACACAACGAACAGCAACAACCUGCCUCGUCCAUUGCGACCAGCCACAUAUCUCACGUUAAGAUGACAUAGAAUGGGUUGGGUGGUGCUAGGGCGGUGUGCGGGUGGUGGCGGCCGCCUCUCGUCCAUCCUCUCGCUGUCUCUCACCUCCCUCGCAAGUUCCCUCAUCUUUACCAUCCUCUGUAUCCUCACACUCGCCCUCACUCUUGCCAGUCUCGUGCGUGCCGAGAACAACAUCUUCGAGGAGGGCAAAUCGGACAAGGAGAUUCUGGACGAUCUGCUGCAGACGGCGCGUUACGACAAGCGGCUUCUGCCCCCGGUCCAAGGUACACUGAGGCCCCCGCCCCACACCCGCCAAGACGACUACACCCCUGACCUCGUACCCAAUGACCCCGACCAUCCAGAGCACCUCGAACAUCACCGGCACCGCUACCACCACACAGCACCACACAACCACAGCUCACUGCUCACCCCUCGUCGAAAGGGAACCUUGACCGUCAACGUGAGCGUGUUGCUGCUGAGCCUGGCCUCACCCGACGAAUCCAGUCUGAAAUACGAAGUGGAGUUUUUGCUGCAGCAACAGUGGUUCGAUCCGCGGUUGCGUUAUAGCAACAGAUCGCGAUACGAAUUCCUUAACGCGAUUCACCAUUACGACAAAAUCUGGCUGCCGGAUACGUAUUUUAUAAUGCACGGCGAUUUUAAGGAUCCCCUUAUACCGGUUCAUUUCGCUCUGCGAAUAUACCGCAAUGGCACCGUCAACUAUCUUAUGCGGCGUCAUCUAAUCCUAUCCUGCCAGGGUAGACUCAAUAUCUUCCCAUUCGACGACCCACUGUGUUCAUUCGCUAUCGAGAGCAUAUCGUACGAGCAGACGGCAAUCACGUACGUCUGGAAGAACGACGAGGGUACGUUACGAAAAAGUCCGAGCCUGACGUCAUUGAACGCUUACCUCAUUAAGAACCAGACAAUCACGUGUCCGAUUAAAGUAAGCUGGCGAGCUGAAGGACAAAUCAUCGACUACGAGGACGAGUUCGAUGAGUUCGGGGACUCUAAGUGUUCGCUGUGCCAGCGCAGGUUUGAGGAGCAAGGUAACUACAGCUGCCUGAAAGUGGAUCUAAUCUUCACCCGGGAUCGUGCUUUCUACUUCACGACGGUUUUCAUCCCGGGUAUCAUUUUGGUCACCAGCUCGUUCAUCACGUUUUGGCUCGAGUGGAACGCUGUACCGGCACGCGUCAUGAUCGGCGUAACAACCAUGUUGAAUUUCUUCACGACGUCCAAUGGUUUCCGCGGAACGCUGCCGGUGGUUUCAAAUCUGACCGCCAUGAACGUUUGGGAUGGCGUCUGUAUGUGCUUCAUUUAUGCGAGCCUUCUUGAAUUUGUCUGCGUGAAUUACGUUGGCCGCAAACGACCGAUGCACAACGUCGUCUAUCGUCCCGGCGAAAAUCCCGUCACCCAGCGGCUUCCAGCGGUGCUCAGCAGGAUAGGAAUUAUAUUGGCCAGCCCCUUGACCCUGUCGCAGGGUAAAAAGAAGCGAGAGGGUGGACCUCCAACUGGUGGUGGAACGGGACCGAACGAGAUCGUUACUUGUACCAAUUGUGGCCCAAAUCCUUGCACGCACACGGCCACCAACGGAUGCACAGCUGAGAUACGAAAGAAAGAACCACCGCAUCCUAUCAGAGUUGCUAAAACGAUCGAUGUUAUAGCGAGGAUUACCUUUCCAGUCGCCUACUUCAUGUUCCUUACGUUCUUCUUCAUCCAUUACAAGGGCAGCUCGUAGAGCAGCAUUGAUGAAUGGACAUACACGAUCAAUUGACGACGAAGGAUCGAAGUGAUCAAUGAAAUUCUUCGAUCGUUAAUAAAUAAUAAUGACGACGAUAGAUAAUGCCGACAAUGCUCAAGAUUACAAUUACGAUUACGAUUACGAUUACGAUUACGAUUACGAUUACGAUUAUGAUUACGAUUACGAUGUAAACGAUGACGAUAUUUAUAUAUCGUCUGUUGUUAUGCAUCAUCUCUCUCUCUUUCUCUCUCUCUCUCUCUCUCUCUCUCUCUCUCUCUCUCUUUCUCUCGUUUAACAGGAGGACGCCUUUCGAUGUAUAUAUGAGCAACAAGCAUGUGUUGUUCGUAAUUAUAUUAUGAUGUCCGGCCAAAUUGUGAGUCCGAGAAUAAAAAGGGAAAAAUAAAAAAAAAAGAAACGGUGCGAAGGGUUGAAAA